AUGACCCAGCCUGCACCCAAAUCCACCAGCACUCAUCCAGCGUCUCCAGUACACCCUGCCAAUGUCAGUAGCGUUCAGUUCGCAGGGGUCGGACACCUGGAUGGUGAGGCCUAUGCGAUUAGGAAGAAAGAAAAGCCGCCCUUCUCACCCCAGAAUGAGCCUUCAUCCCCAUCCUCAUCCGAUCCAGUCCCCACCGCGCUGCUAUGUCUGAUCUGUAAGGAUCUGCUGACUGAUGCUGUGAUGAUUCCCUGCUGCAGCACCAGCUACUGUGAUGAAUGUAUCAGAACGUGUUUGCUGGAGUCUGACGGACACCUUUGUCCAACCUGCAGACAGUCAGAUGUUUCACCGGACGCUUUGACCGCAAACACUGUUUUGCGUCAAGAGGUGAAUCAUUUUAGGAAUGGAACCAGAUCUUUGCGUCCAAACCACAGCCGUCGAUCCCGGUCACCCAUCCCAGAAUACUCAUCAAAGAGGCGUCGGGAUGUGAGAGAGAAUCGUUCCCACUCAAGAUCUCCUCUAAACAGAUAUACAGACCAGAAGAGACCUGAGACCUUUCAGUCCUGCAUUGGAGAAACAUUGUGAAGCAUCAGUUACA